AUGCCGCUCUCAUUACCAUUAAAUUUCCCUGAAUGGUUGGAAAAGAAUAAAGAUAAAUUACAACCGCCGGUAAAUAAUUUUCUCAUACAAAAGGGAGACUUUAUUAUAAUGGCAGUUGGGGGACCUAAUGCUCGAACCGAUUACCAUGUUAAUCAAACAGAGGAAUGGUUUUACCAAUAUAAAGGAGAUAUGGUUCUUAAGGUUGUUGACGAUGGUGAAUUCAAAGAUAUUCCUAUAAAGGAAGGUGAAAUGUUUCUGCUACCUGGUAAUACUCCACAUAAUCCAGUUCGAUUUGCUAACACAAUUGGAAUUGUAAUCGAAAGAAAUCGUAGACCUGAAGAAAUAGAUCGUCUUCGAUGGUAUUGUGACAAUUGUAAAAAAAUAGUGUAUGAAGAGUCAUUUCACUGUUAUGAUUUAGGAACUCAAUUGAAACCCAUUAUCCAAAAAUACGCGGCAAAUGAAGAGUUAAGAAAAUGUUCAUGUGGACAUGUAAAUAUUGCAAAGUAA